GCCCACUCACUGUGUGCCAGGUGCCUGGAGUCUUUUUUCUCAUUUCACUCUCACCACAACCCUGUGAGAUGGGGCCAACGCUCUCCCUGGCUGGGCCACACUCUGGCUCUCUGGGUCACCUCCGUCAGGUGCACACCCAGCACCGCAGCGACCCAAACCAGAUGGAGGAGCUCUCAGAGCCGUCCCAGCUGCUGCCCAGGACCCCCCCGCCCCCCGCCAACACCCUCAGUGAUGCCUCCUCGCCCUGUCUGGUUGGCCUGAUGCGGUGCCCUCAUCUCCGGUGCUCAGGGACUCCUCUGAGUGCCGCCUCCAUGUCCAGGCCCCCAUGGCGGGCAUGGCGGGCCGGGGGCGGGUGAGCGUGCAGGAACACGUGGCUAUUGACGUGAGCCUGGGCCCCAUCCGGCCCAUCCACCUCAUUUCCGACUACUUCCCGCACUUCCACCCCUUCGCUGAGCCCACCCUGCACACCUGAGACCUACACCCUCCAGUGACCCCCACCAUCCACUCUGCAUCCCAGUCCCAGCCAGACCCAGAGCCAGAGGGAGACUCACAACAGCAGUGAGUGGCCACCCUCGGCACCCUCGACCCCACGCUUCUUUUUGACACAGACAAUAGCACACUGCACUGCACAGCUCACCGUGCCAAGGGCCUCAAGCUACCGGCCUCGGGCUCCGUGGACACCUAUGUCAAAGCCAACCUGCUGCCUGGGGCCAGCAAGGCCAGCCAGCUGCAGACACGCAUGGUUCGGGGCACAAGGGGGCCUGUCUGGGAGGAGGCUCAUGGCUUCACCCUCCAGGACACCCGGCGCAACACCCUGUGGCUGUGCGUCUGGGAGGACCCACAGCUGCAGCAACGGCGGCGGGCGCCUCCGCUGCGGGAGCUGCGGGUGCCCCUGGGGAAGCUGGUGCCCAACCAAGCCAGGAGCUUCGAUGUGUGUCUGGAGAGGCGAAGGCUGACCAAGAGGCCCAAGAGCCUGGACACAGCACGUGGCAUGUCUCUGUAUGAGGAGGAGGUGGAGGCUGAGGUAGCCGGGGAGGAGCGUGGGCGCAUCCUGCUGUCGCUGUGCUACAGCUCUCAGCGGGGCAGGCUGCUGGUGGGUGUGCUGCGCUGUGCCCACCUCGCCCCCAUGGAUGCCAACGGCUACUCGGACCCCUUCGUCCGCCUUUACCUGCAUCCGAAUGGAGGGAAGAAAUCGAAAUGUAAGACCAGUGUUCAGAAGAAGACCCUGAACCCUGAGUUCAACGAGGAAUUCUUCUGCACAGGCCCACAGGAGGAGCUGGCGCAGAAGACACUGCUGGUGUCUGUGUGGGAUUAUGACCUGGGCACAGCUGACGACUUCACUGGUGGGGUGCAGCUGAGUAGCCAGGCCAGCGGGGAGCACCAGCAGCACUGGCGCAAAUGGCUGGGCCGCACUGACCACCAGCUGGAGCUGUGGCACCCGCUGGACGGCACGCGCCUCCAGCUCAGCGAGUAGCAGGGGCACCCGGCCUGGCCCUGCUCACCGCCCGUCCCCGAGACUGACCCGCGGCCGCCUCCAUGGAGCUGCGAGGACCUGGGGCUGCCUCACCCACCAUGUCCACCCCUAGUCAAUUGCUUCCUUCCUUCCCCCCUUUCAAAUUCACCCCACUGCCAAAUCAUGAAGAAUAAACCUCUCCUCCAAACCAGACCGGACAGCCGGUUCUUUCCCUGCCCAUCGCCUCACAGGGCAGACUGGGCCCUGUCCUCCUUGCUCCCAUCCUCCAGAGGCCUUCACUGGGCCAGGCCCAGGUCUGCACCCCAGGCCACAGUUUCCCCCUCCCCACCCGCUUCUUGCACUGAGGGGUCAAUGCUCAGGAUGGUCUACGACAGACUGACGCACAGGAGGCCAAGUGUAAAUUCACAAGACCUUGUGCUGACCUAUCCCUCCCAAACCUCCACCUCCA